ACGGUGAUGUACAAUUGAAUAUACUAUUUCUUUUGGACACGUCCACAGUAUUUUAUACAUUUUUUACGUGCCUAUUACGGUACCAUGACGUGGUUAUUCUAUAUUUAAUAGAUGAUGCGUUCUCUUUUAUUCAGACUAUGACAUCAUGUUUAUCCACAGUCACGUCUCUACCUGCCCUUCAAACCUUACGUCAUAUCGUAUGUGUCUCUACACGUCCUUCAACCCUUGCGUCAUACCUUCCCAGGUUCCACUCUAUUGUAAAAUACGAGACAACCCCCCUCGUCGUACACUACGUCACUGUGUGACGUCAUACAAACCUACAACCUCCUCGUUAUUCAUUUUUGUUUCUAUUUUCUAUUUGUUCAUUGAUUCAUACUUUAUAUUUCAUCAUCCAUAUUUAUCGAUCCAUAUUUAAUUAAUACAUAUUUAAUUAAUCCAUAUUUCAUAUUUAUCAAUUAUCGAUUUUAUUGAUCCAUAAUUAUCGAUCCAUAUUUCAUAUUUAUUGAUUAUUGAUUUCAUAUUAAUCAAUUAAUCGAUAAUAUCAUAAAUCAUAUUUUGGGACUAUACGUACAUACAUACUACUGACCUGUGGAACAACAAGACGUAGCAAGAUUGGAGUAUAAUACGAAGAUAAUCAGUAGACUGGUUGGUUCACCAAAUAGAGGAUGUAUGCUCCUGGCAGCUACCAUUGUCUUUCUUGCUCUGGUCAGAAGUAGAAGAUUCCAGCUAGCCAUUGGUACCCAAUACACAUGGGCGCUUCUAGAAACAGACUUGGUCUGGAUGAUAGGAACAGGUCUAUUAGCUGUUGGGAUUAUUCUUGUCAUAUCUAGUUUCUUUGCUUUGGGAUUCUACGGAACAUAUCUAGGUGAUUAUUUUGGUAUUUUGAUGGAUGACAAAGUGACGUCCUUCCCAUUCAACGUUGUUGGUGAUCCUAUGUACUGGGGUUCUGUACUGGAACAUCUUGGCAUAGCUCUUCAGUCUGCAAGUCCAUCAGGUCUCUUUUUAACGGCUGUCGUCGCUACCAUGUACAUCAUAGCGAUGCAAUUUGAAGGACCUUUUACAUCCAAGAUAUAUGCAGAGAAGGCAUUGGAGGAAAGCAAGAAAACCAAAUGAUCUUUGUCAUUUUAUGUUCAUUAAAAACUAAUUAGUUCCUUUAGUAACCUGCAUAACAAAAAACAUGAUCUGUAAACACAACAUCCCAUGUUCAAAAGUUUUGAAUUAAUUUUUUUAGUUGUCAGAGGAUUUCAAUAUAUAGGUCUACCAUUUUGUGCUCUUGUUAUAUCAAUGCACACAAUGUACAUUUGAAUAGAUAGAUGAUGGUUCUAAGUGUAAUUUUAUAGGACUAUUUCAAAUUACAAAUAUUCUCCCCAAAAUAUACCUCUGAAGUAUCUGAGCAUUUACCUACAUUUGCAGUCUUUGAUUUAAGGUAUUUAUAAAGAACAACCAGCUGUAUAUAAACAUCAAAUUAAUGAUGUACAUAUAAACUGUUUUAUUUAACAUCUCUCUUCUACUGAAUACUUUCUGUAUAUCACAAAUGAGGAACCAAGCCAAUUCUUGCAUUUCACAAUACAUGUGCCCCCAACGUUCGUACCAUGAAAAGCACCCGCGGGUCAAAGACAAUUUCUUUGAAGUAUGAGAAUAACAUUCUGCAGCUUCACAAUAGAAGACCGUGAUGACAAUGUCAACUAGAUCUACUCCAGAUCGAAAAGCGAAAUGAUGAUGUGCCGGGACUGAGCAGUAGCUGGCGGGGCGGGCGGGCUCCCGGUGAUGUUUCACCAGCGUAAUAGCGAGCUGAUUUGUCUAGAAAGUUGUCGACCCAUCUCCCUAAAUUACCGCACUAGAGUAACUGUUACAACUGAACCGAAUGAGGGCGCAAGGAUUGUGAAACGCGAGAAUUCAUGGUUGUUUUUAUUCUUCUGAGAUUUAUAGUACUUGUUUUCCACUCAACAGAACCAUUUAUAAGAAAAAACAUUUGCCAUGGUUUUCCAAACAACUAAAAAGGAUGUGCUCAAGAAUUAUGAGAAGUACAUUAAAAAACCUAAAGAAUACAAAAAAUAAUGUUACAACAAGAUCUGUAAUUUUCACACAAACCAUAUAUAUGUAAUGCCAGAAAAUAAAUGCUAGUCUUUCAAAAUUUCCUUUAAAGGAAGCAUGACUAAAACUUGGAGAACUAUUAAAGUUGUUCUGCAAAGAAGGAAAUAUAAGAAAAGUGCCUUUGUUUUUUAGUACAACAGUUCAAUUAUAAGUGAUUCUAAAGAACUUGCUGAGAGGUUUACCAGUAAUGAUUAUUUUAAAGAUCUAUUUUUUUUUAGCAACAUUCCUGAAAUUAGAUAUUCUCCCAAUUUCAUUAUUACAUGAUUUUCAAUUUUGUGUUUUUAUGUUUCAUAUCAUCAUAUUACCUGUUACCAAUUUUUUGUUAAUAUCUUUCAGAGCAACAAAGAUAUUUGUAGAUAUAGUACCAGGAUUUCAACAAACACUUGUGUAAUGUAUGCCAUUUAUCUUGUCCAAUUAUAUAUAUAUAUAUAUA